UAUUGAAAACACAUCACUCAUUCCAUAUAUACCACAUACUAUACGUCUCUCAUGGCUCAUUUCACAGUGAUUCUUGCCGCCCUUUUCUUGUUGGGGACGUGGGCAUCUCAAGCCACUACUCAUACCUGCGAAGAACCUUCCAUGCUCAAGCGCCACGAGGAGUGGAUGGUUCGCUAUGGGCGUUCAUACAAAGAUAAUGCUGAGAAGGCAAAGCGAUUUCAAAUCUUCAAAAAAAACGUGGAGUUUAUUGAAUCAUUCAAUAAGGCUGACUCCCAGUCUUACAAACUUGGCAUUAAUCAGUUUACCGAUUUAACAAAUGAGGAGUUUAGGGCCACCAUGCUUAAUGAAGAGAAGGUAUCCCCACUCCCUAAGCCAUCAAAACCAGUUUCCAUUCAAAAUGAGAGUUUGGCUCAACUUCCAAACCAUUUAGACUGGAGAGAGAUGGGUGCUGUGACUGAUAUCAAAAGCCAAGGAACAACCUGCGGUAGUUGCUGGGCGUUUUCAGUGGUGGCGACCGUAGAAGGAAUACACAAAAUCAAAACUGGCCAAUUGAUUUCCUUGUCCGAACAGCAACUCAUCGACUGCGACGUCAAAAAUAAGGGCUGCGACGGCGGAUACAGAGAUGAGGCGUUCCAAUACAUAGCGGGCAGCGGCGGCCUCGCGGCGGAGUCCGACUACCCGUACGACGGCGUUCAGCAUAACUGCAACACAGAAAAGCUUCGCAACCCAGCUGCCACCAUUACAGGCUACCAUCUAACGUACCCCGACGAAAUAUCUCUCCUUUCGGCCGUCACAGACCAGCCUGUCUCGGCCGGAAUCACUAUAGAUGGCGAGCUGUUCAGGCACUACGGCGGCGGAGUUUUCAGCGGCUACAACGGCGGCGGCAACUGUGGGUCCGGAAACUCCCACGCCGUGACGAUCAUUGGGUACGGGACGAGCGAUGAUGGAAGGGAUUAUUGGUUGGUGAAGAAUUCAUGGGGAACGGAUUGGGGCGAAAAUGGUUAUGUGAGGAUGGCAAGAGGAAUAAUUGAUGUAGGAGUUUGUGGCAUUAACUUGUCGGUUUUUUACCCGCGGAUUGCUUAAAGAAUUAUUGUUGUAAAACUUUUGCAUGCAUCAAAUUGGGGGUGGAUUCCAUAAACAUGUAAAUGAUAAAGGUGUAAGUUAAUCCUAAAAUAUAAGAUCUUCAGAACACAUGCCUUUCACA